AGCAUAUAUUAUGAGAUUAUUUAGGUAUAUAAACAGUGAAUUCAAGUCAUUUAAACUUAACAUUUCAUAGUUGUUUCAUUGAUUACAUUUUUGACUCUAUUGUAAACUCAACCGAGUUUCUAGUAAAAGUUACUAGGGUAAAUCUACUGCAAGAAAAUGCCGAUUCAUAUCUACGCCACCCGUUAUAGCCCUCCCUGUCGGGCAGUCCUCAUGACAGCCAAACAGUUGAAUAUUGAUUUAAACCUCAAAACUAUUCAUUUGAAUGAAGGCCAACAUUUGACCGAAGAUUAUCUCAAGAUUAACCCAGCUCAUUCUAUACCGACCAUUGAUGACAAUGGAUUCAUACUUUGGGAGUCGAGAGCUAUUAUGCAAUACUUGUGCAACCGAUACGCACCGGACAGUCCCCUCUAUCCAACUGAUCCCAUAAAGCGUGCUCUUGUGGACCGUUGGCUUAACUUUGAUCACACGCUCACUAUUGCUGUCCGAGAUUCAUGUUUAAGACCAUAUUUUAUGGGCGUUGAACCGACUGAACAAAGUUUGAAAGUGUUUAACGACACAAUGAAACUGUUGGAUGCGUUGAUUGGAAACAAGAAAUACUUGAAUGGAAAUCACUUAACAAUUGCUGACUUGUCUGUAUUGGCCACCACUUACACUCUGAAAAUUUUGAACAAGGAUAUCACGUCUUUCCCGAACUUUAAAACCUGGAUAACAGGGUUGACCGCAGAAUUGCCAUACGUUGAGGAGAUUAAUAAGAUGCCGAUCGAUAUCUACUCAAUCCGUUAUAGCCCUCCCUGUCGGGCAGUCCUCAUGACGGCUAAGCAAUUGAAUAUUGAUUUAAAUGUCAAAACUGUUGAUCUGAGUCAAUUCCAACAUUUGGCCGAAGAUUAUCUCAAGAUAAACCCAGCUCAUACUGUUCCUACCAUUGAUGACGACGGGUUCAUAUUAUGGGAGUCGAGAGCUAUUAUGCAAUACUUGUGUAACCGAUACGCACCGGACAGUCCCCUCUAUCCGACUGAUCCCAAAAAGCGUGCACUUGUGGACCGUUGGCUUAAUUAUGACUUAUCUGUCUUUAUUACACUCCGAGAUUCAUUGUUGAGGGCAAAAUUUAUGGGGUUGGAAACCACUGAAGAAAAUAAGACAACUUUCAAUAACACAAUGAAACUCUUGGAUCAGUUGAUUGGGAACAACAAAUAUGUGGCGGGAAGUGACCUAACAAUUGCCGAUUUAUCUGUGUUGGCCUCUACCAACUCAAUGAUAAUAUUGGACAUGGAUUUGAGUCCUUACCCUAACUUUAAGACUUGGAUAACUGGAUUGACUGAAGAGCUGCCCUAUUAUGACGAGAUUAAUAAGUUUGAAAACGACGACAUUAAGGGAUAUAUGGCCAAAAUGAAGGCUUUCUUCCUCGAGAGACUUAAUAAGAGUCAAUAAAGUAAGAAGUGUCCAGGUUGUUUCACUCAAAC